UACUUGUUCCCUGUUUAUCAAUCACCAAUUUUAAUUUUUCAUAGCAGCACAUACUUCACCACAGCAACCCACAGAAUUCACCGCACUUACAGUCGAAUUUGCUCAAGAAGGCACCAUUUUAAUAGUAUUUAUAAAUUUCGGCAUACUAAAGUAUCAUCUGUUUCAAAAUUUCCUUCAUCGCUGUGUUUCGAAAACACGAGCAAUAACAAUUAUUGCUCAAGUGUUUUCAUUUACUUGAUGCACAGAAUAAGUUUAUUAUUUGUAUUCACAUCUCAUGAAUUAAUUUGUAGUAUAUUUUCACACAUAAUUCGUUUUUCUUCUAAGUUGUUUAUGACAUUUCGUUGAUUUCUGCUCAUUCUUUCCCUUGUUAUCCUUUUUUACGAUUAUAUCCCUUCAAAAACCUAAGAUUUAUAUCGCAUUGCAUUUUCAGCGAUCUUAUUACCAUUAAUUUUCUACAACCUUUCCUACUCAUAACGUUUUCCUUGGAAUUGGUUCCUUGUUUAGCUUUAUCAAACAAAGCGUAUUAUGCGGUCUAGCGGCGACGAAUCGACUUCUGAAAAUGGAUAUUCUAUUCCUCUGAAGGACUACCCAAAAGAUACAUCGGCUUUAAAGGGAGCAGAUAGCUCCUCUGAUUUCUAUAAGGAGCAGCAUGUAGAGCAAGUAAGACCAUUCACUGAGGAUGGCUUCGAUGACAUAUUAAAUGAAGAUGACUCAGAAUUUUUUGACUUAGGGAUCCCAUUACAAAAGGAAAAUACCGAUCCCAGUCUUUUGGAGAUGAACUUUCCUUAUUUGUUAAAAUCUAGGACCUCUGAUCAACCCGAUGAAGCAUUAUUAAAAAAGGGCAUGAGAAACAAAGACAAAUAUUUUGCUAAACGCGCCUUUAAAAAGCCUAAUUGUUUUCAUAAGGUUUCUCCGAUAUUUACAAAGAUUUUCUCAGAAAUAUACAGCUCGGUUUUGAGAGUGGUAGCCUGCCCAGAACCAAAAGAUGAUAAUUGCUUCCGCGAUAGAAAAUACAAAGACAUUUGCAAAAAGGUAUACAUGUCGAUUCCCUACAAUGUAUUGAUAUUCUGCUUGAUCUUGACACAGGGUGUGAUCCUCAUGAUUCAAUCAGAUGACCCCCAUCACAAGCAAACCAGUGUCACUAUCAUAUUAUACAUUAUAGCUGGUUGCUAUACGCUUGAAAUGUUUAUCAAAAUAUAUCUCUUUGGUCUAAUUUAUGAUGGCUCAUUAUCUUUUCACUCGCUUGUUGAUUCAUAUAAGAAAGGAAGACCUCGAGAUAUGUCUUAUAUGCGGCAUUCAUGGAAUAGAGUAGAUUUCGUUGCUAUAAUCAGUAUAUGGGUCAUGUUGCUCUCCGAUGAUGUUCACGGGAUUUAUGGAUUAUUUGCUAUGCUUUCGUGCUUUCGUCUUACGCGACUACUGAAUUUAACCCGAAGAACGGAAAGUAUACUCAGGAGUUUAAAAGAUUCUUCAUUUCUUUUAGUCCAUGUCGUAUCAUUCGUAGGGUUUUUUGGCGUGUUAAUGGCUAUUUUAGGUGUACAGUUUUUUAAACGAUCCUUUUUGAGACAGUGUAUUUGGAUUGCUGAUGAUCAGUCUCAAUCCAUUCCUACUGGACAGUUCUGUGGUGGAUAUUGGCUCAAUGGAACUAUACAACCUUACGUGAUGUCGUCCGGACAGUCUUCUAAUGUCAAACCUCGUGGUUAUAUUUGCCCGCAACAUAGUGUCUGUCAGGAUUACGAAAAUCCUUACGGAAACACUGUAAAAUUUGAUAACUUUUUUAAUUCCUUAGAAUUGAUUUUUGUUAUUAUGAGUUCGAAUACGUUUACGGAUUUGAUGUACGAUAUGAUGGACGCGGAGUACUUCGUCUCUUGCGUUUUCUUUAUUUUUGGCACUUUUCUGCUAACUUUUUGGUUAAUGUCUUUUGUCAUUGCCGUCGUUGACAAUUCAUUUCUUUUGUUGCAAACAAGGGAUGAUAACAAAGAUAAGAAAAUCGAGAAACCUCGCAGAUUCGUGUAUAUUAAGCAUAAAUUUUCCAGACAUUAUUUGGGUUAUUCUGAUUAUAUUUGGAUUGCACUCAUAAUUGUCUAUUUCAUCGUUUUGACUACUCAUUCUUAUAACUUGGACCCGAAAACGAAUUGGAAAUACUACGUUUUUUAUUGUAUUUUCAAUUCUCUUCUCGCCUUUGAAAUCCUGUUACGAUUCAUUGCUUACCUACCAAAUUGGCGAGGAUUUUUUAUUAAAUCUACCAAUUGGGUAGAUACAGUUCUUGCCCUUAUGAAUAUCAUUUCACUAGCUCCGCCCAUUUGUAACAAUCCACUCCUCAGCGGUUGGUUAUCGAUAUUUGCCAUUGCACGAGUUUAUCGAGUGGUACUGUUAGUACCUUACACACGUAAGAUUGCAAAAUUGCUAUUCUCUAAUUUCGUCCGACUUCUAAAUCUGAUGUUGUUUUUAUUGAUCUUGCUUUUCAUCGCCUCCAUGUUUUCUGUAAGGCUAUUUCAAAACCUACCACCUUCUGAAAAUCCAAGUGACGACGUUGACUUUUCCAAUACUUAUGCCGCUUUUCUAAAUAUGUAUCAGAUUUUCUCUUCUGAAAACUGGACCGAUAUAGUUUACAAUGUCCAGGAAAGGCUAGGACCUUCCAAACUGGCUUGGUUGCCUGCUGCUUUUUUUACACUUUGGUUUUGUUUCUCAAACAAUAUUGUACUAAGUAUGUUUAUAUCCGUAAUUCAGUUCAACCUCUCGAGAAGCAAUACUGAUCUGAAAUUACAACAACUAAGGAUGUAUUUGGCCAGAGUACUUAGGAAUUAUAACCCAUUCCAAGCGUCAUUAACGUUAAAUGCGCUUUUAAAAAGAAACGACUCGCAAGUUCGAAGAGAUAAGGAAGACAUAUACCGAAAAUGGAUUUUGGAAGAUUCGGUUAUAAAGGGGUUUUUAAACAAUAAUACAAUAACUUCAGAUGAACGUGUAGAAUCAAGGUUUGAUACCUCUCCAAACACACCGAAAUAUUCUCCGUCUAGGAUUUUUAAUAUAAUCAAGAGUUUUCUGUUACGGGAGGAUCCAUUUUCCCAAGCGUAUUUUAAGAAGAUUAUCGGUUUAAGAUGGAACAAAGACAUGAAUCUUAAAACAGCUGAAAAGGAUAUGAAAGCUGCGAAGGCGUUCGUGAGAAUUAAGCAGGCAGAGUAUCUGAAACAACAUCCUAAAUACAAUUAUGUAUUUUGGUUUAUAAAGCCAUCGAAUGGUCUCCGAAAACUGUGUCAAAAACUAGUUGAACCUGGUUGUAAUGAACGAUAUAAAGGUGUGGAGCCAAACCAAUGGGUUUAUAGAAUAUUUCAAGUAUUUAUUUAUGCAUGCAUUGUUUGCGCCGUGGCCUUGGCUUGUGUUACAACUCCUAUUUAUGAACGAAGCCACAUUUAUUUGAGUCAAGAGGGAAAAACUGCAUGGUUUAUUUGGACUGAAGUGGCAUUUUCUCUCAUAUUUACACUAGAGGCGGCCAUUAAAAUCAUUGCUGACGGCUUUUGCUUUACGCCAAAUGCAUAUGUUAGAAAUACCUGGAAUUGCAUUGAUCUUUUUGUUUUAAUUACCUUUUGGAUCAAUAUAUUCGCAAUAUUAACGAAUCGUGGAUCUCUUUCAAGAGCCUUUCGAGCUUUUAAAGCGCUUCGUGUGUUGAGACUGGUGAAUCUUACCAGAGCUCCGCAACACAUGUUUCAUGAUGUCCUUAUUAGCGGUUUUUUUAAAAUAGCAUCUGCAAUGGUUGUUUCACUAAGUUUAUUAAUUCCCUUUGCUCUUUGGGCAAAAAAUAUUUUCGGCGGCCAGUUAUAUUCUUGUAAUGACAGCAACGUGAAUGCUAGGAGUGAGUGCAUUCAUGAGUAUGCUGCAUCACCAAAUAACUGGGAAAUAUGGGCCCCUCGAGUAUGGAGUAAUCCGAGUGCUUAUAACUUUGAUAGCUUCCCUCAUGCUUUGUUGAUUCUUUUUGAAAUCGUAUCCUUAGAGGGUUGGAUUGAUGUUAUGCGAGAUGUAAUGAAUAUCACGGGAAUAAAUAUGCAACCACAGGAUAAUGCUUCACCAGGGUAUGCUAUGUUCUUCGUACUCUUUAAUUUGAUAUCUACUAUUUAUAUUUUAACUUUGUUUGUCGCUAUUAUCAUUCGAAAUUACACAGAGCGCUCUGGUUCUGCAUUUUAUACAUCAGAACAGAAGGCUUGGUUGGAAUUGAAGAGAUUAAUUAGAUCUAUGAGACCGUCAACUAGAUCAGCUGUUCGUCCACCUGGUUUUCGAGGACGUUGCUAUGAUUUUUCAGUGGAUAAACAUGGUAAAUGGAGGAAUGUAUUUACAGGAAUCUACAUAUUUCAUGUUAUAAUGUUAAUGACUAUUUUUACUCCAUGUCCAAUUGCUUAUACUUAUGUUAGGAAUUCUAUAUUCCUAUUGCUAUCUGUCUUCUAUGUUAUUAAUGUUGGCGUCAGGACUUAUGGGUUAUCCAUAUAUUAUUAUUUUCACAGCUUUUGGAAUAUUUUCGAUGUGAUUGUUACAUUCGGAAGUCUCACAUGCAACAUCUUAGCGUUAGCAGGAUUUUCAAGCAAAUCACUAACAUUGAUACAAACUAUCUUUCUCAGCUUAAUUGCCAUUCAUUUGAUUCCUAGAUUUGAUUGUUUCGAUCAAUUAUUCAAAACUGUUAUCGUCAGUUUACCCUCGGUUAUUAGCUUAAUUGCUACGUGGUUUGUUCUUUUUAUUACAUUUGCAAUUGCUUUCAACCAAAUCUUUGGUCUAACUAAAAUGGGUGAAAAUGGUGGCACAAACCGGAAUUUUAGAUCAAUCAGAAAUGCUUUGGUUAUCCUGUUCAUGAUGUCUUGUGGUGAAGGUUGGAACAGUGUUAUGCAUGAUUACGCUAUUAGUUUCCCUAAUUGUGUUAACAAUUCUGAUUUCUAUAGCUCUGAUUGUGGUAAUAAGCCUUGGGCUUAUGCCUUAUUUAUCACAUGGAACAUUGUUUCAAUGUACAUUUUUGUUAAUAUGUUCAUCACUGUUGUCUUCGAAAAUUUUACUUACGUGAGUUCCAAAACUUUUAAGACUCUUGGGCGCUCCGAUUUUCGCCAAUUUAAACAGUUUUGGGCUCCUUUUGACCCAAUGGUAACCGGUUAUAUUCCAAAGAGAAACGUUGGUAGAUUCUUGUUAUCAUUACGAGGGGUUUAUGACUGCAGGGUUUAUAGAGAUGAUUUUUCUGUAACGAACUUGGUUUCCAAAACGAAAUUGAAAAAUGAUGCACAAGAAGACAACAUUUCAGAUAAAUCAUCUGACAACGACUUUGGUUACAAUGCUAAGAUUGACCUUCACGACCUGGACGUUGCCUUAACAGAUAUGGAUUUAAUUGAAAUUCGAAAGCGCCGGAAAUCUCUUAACUUAUUGUACUCAGAACUUAUGAUGCUUCCUGGCAACGUUGUCUCGUUUUCAGAUAUGUUGAUGGUCAUCGUCUUACAUAAAGUCAUCGAUCAUAAACUAGUUCUACCUAUCUCAGACUUUAUACGUAGAACAUACGUACUUUCACGACUAGAGGAGAAUUACAGGUUUGAAAAGUUAAUGGACCUAAUCGAAACUUCAAAUAUAAGACGUGCUUUCCUUAAUCACCUCAAAAGUAAGAAACAAGCAAUGGAGAACCCUUUUAUUACUUUAGAAGAAGUUUCAACUCUUUCGGCACCCCUCGUUUCAGAAACUUCGUCUCAAAACAAUUUCAACCCAAAUCAAUUACAGACAACUCCUAUGGGUGGCAGGUCUCCUUCGUACACCAAUUCUUUGGUACCCUCACAAACAACGGGAUCUUUGCUUUCAGUGGAAAUCAGCUCUCUCAACCCCAGUCAAAAUGUGGCGUCGACAUCUGCUGAAAACGAAAUACCACCGACUCCACAGACUCCUUCAUUUAAAGAUGUUAUAAUCCGUGGAUCACAUUCGUUACGGUCUGUAUCCGAUCAGCAUUCUACCCACGACAUGGAAGCAGGAUUUGGUGUUACCACAGCAGGAAGUGGAAGCACGGAAGAUUUAAACCAAAUUGUUGAUCAGAUUGAUGAUUAUUUAGAGCUUUAAUUAUUGACGACGUUUAUUAACACACCCAGUAGCAUAUGAGCCGUUUGUCUAUGAUUGUGUGAGUUAUGGGUGAUAUGAAUUAUAAUUAGAAAGGAAUUGGGAUAUAUAGAAAUUUAUUAAUUAAGGUAGAAAUUUUCCUUUUCAGCCUUAAUAUUGUUGCUUAUUUGUAUAUAGUUGUUUACGUG